AUGUAUGAACAGAAAAGGUAGCCAUAUGCAACAAAGCUAUCCAGUCUGCCGGAAAUUCAAAAGAAGAAGAAGAGGAGGAGGAAGGAGACACACGAAGAAGAAUCCUGUUAAGCCUCGUGAAGCGGGAAUUGACAGCUCACUACCAUGGACUGGGGUCAGAGUGAGCUGCCGUCUCCGGUGGUUCGAGACGACGAGGUGACGAUCGCUGCCCGUAGGAGAAGGAAGAAGGUGGCCUUCCCGUCACCCGGCAGCCCCGUCGUUUCCACAGCAACACCAGCCCGCUCCCUGCUGAGGACUCCUGCUUCACUGUACAGACAGGCUGUAACUCCCAGGGUUCCAGAUGUUUCCUCCAUUUUGGCUACAGGAGGUCGAACGCCUCGAUACACACACACGCCCAGAAACGCACUCAGCAGUCUGAAUUUGGAUGACAGUGAUUGGACCAACACCAUGUACAUCUCCCCUGUUUCGGGAUUGGAGAACACCAGCUUCUUCACAGAUGACAUCACCAACCUUAGCUCAGCCCUGCUAAAGGAGGACGACCCAGGCGAGGCCGCGGCUGCCAGUCUUUUCCCAGAGUUCCUUGGGUCUUUUCUGAAACACUCUUCCUCUGCGGUGUUUGAGCUGCUUGAGGAGUACCAGGCACUCUGCCAGGACAAGGUGGACGUUCUGCAGUCUGUGGUCCUCAGAGCGGGUCAGAACAGUAAAACAGCAGGAGUCCGCUGGCUGCUGCAGCAGGAGAACUGCUCCUGGAGACUCAUCACCUCACUGUACAGGGAUCGGGUCCAGUUGGCGCUGGAAGAUGACAUCAUGACAGACAUGGUUGUUCCCAGUGAGAGCGAGAAGGUCGUGGUGGAGCAGCUUUUUCAGCGGGAUGCUGCCAUACGACAGAGUCAGCUGGUCGUUGAUUGGCUGGAGAGCAUUGCCAAGGAUCAGAUUGGUGAUUUUUCCGAUAACAUAGAAUACUACGCCAAAAACGUCUGCUGGGAGAACACCCUCCAUGCGCUGAAGCUGAGGAGACAGAGCGGCGCAGCCUUCACUGUUCCCCUGGUCACUGAGCUGGACCCAGAUGCUCCUCUCCGACAGCAGCGACCCCUGGCUGACCUGGACAGAGAGGAUGAUGCCCGACUGCUGAAGAACCUGUUCACCCUGAUCAGAGCGGGGAUGACCGAGGAGGCUCAGAGGCUGUGUAAGCGCUGUGGACAGGCCUGGAGAGCAGCAACACUGGAAGGCUGGAAACUCUACCAUGAUCCCAACAUGACCUCAGGCAGUAAAGAGUUGCAGCCUGUUGAAGGAAACCCUCAAAGAGGAAUCUGGAAGGCCUGCUGCUGGAGAAUGGCUGACGAGGAGCAGUUAAACAGAUAUGAGAGAGCGAUCUACGCUGGCCUGAGUGGAAACCUCAAACCGCUCCUGGCAGUGUGUGAAUCAUGGGAGGACUGCGUGUGGGCGCAUUUCAGAGUGAUGGUCGACUCGCUGGUUGAAAAGGAUCUGAUGUCAUCGGGUAUGGCCCACCAGGAAGUGGAGACUCUGCCACGAGAAUACCUGGAGGCCAAUUGGACAAUGGAAAAGGUGUUUGAGGAACUUCAAGCCUCAGAGUCAAAGAGGGUAUUGGAGGAGACAAGAGAACAUUACCACGUCAUCCAGAAGUUUGUCAUCCUGGGAGACCUGGACGGUCUGUUGGAGGAGUUUUCUGGUUGGCUGACAGCCUCUAAGCCCCUCCCCUCCCACCUUCUGCGUUUCAUGACUCAUCUUCUGCUGUUUUUCCGCUCUCUGGGUUUGGCACUGAAGGAGGAGGCGUGUGUGGAUGUGCUGAAGGCGUACAUCUCCCUUCUGAUUCGGGAUCAGCAGACUGACCUUGUGGCGAGCUACGUUAGUCAGCUACCAGCCGAGCUCGCCACCGCUCAGUACGCUGCUUUCUUGGAGACUGUCAACCAGCCUGAGCUCCGCCCCCGCUGCCUGCAGCUCGCCACGGAUGCCGGUCUCGAUGUUGCUGCGGUAACCAAACUGGUGGUGGAGACGGUGAGAGAGAGAGACGAAACCGAGUUUACACACCACAACCAGACGCUGGAGUCGGGAACUACAAAGGAGGACCUAAGAAAGAUUGACGUUAUUGAUUGGCUGCUGUUUGACCCCGCCCAUCGAGCUGAGUCCCUGAAGCAGUCCAACGCCAUCAUGAGGAAGUUUUUAGCCCUGCAGAAACACGACGCUGCCAAGGCGGUGUUCUCUAAAGUUCCAGAGGAUUCAAUGAGGGAGAUUUACUGCCAGUGGGCGGGGAUCGGUCAGACCACACCCCUACCUGCUGAGGAUGAAAAUGCCAUCAGAGAACACCUGUGUAUCAGAGCAUACCUGGAAGCCCACGAGGCCUUCACUGACUGGUUCAGCCACAGUAGCUCUGCCCCCCAGAAGCCAGCACCUGCCCCUGAUGCCAAAUUCACAGAGAGAGUAGCCAAUGAGAUGAGAGAGAAGGAGUACCAGGCCUCCCUGUCUGCCUGGUCGUGCCGUCUGGACGCUCUAACUGAAGAUGUGAAAGAGAGAAUCUACAAUGUGCUGCUGUUCGUAGAUGGAGGAUGGAUGAUCGACAACAGACAGGAUUCAGAGUCGGAUUCAGAGCGCAGCCACCAGAUGGCGGCGUUACGCUCUCUGUGUCUGCCUCGCCUCAGCUUCUUGCUACUCAGCGUGCUGCAGAACUCCUCCAGACACCAGGAGGCGCUGCGACUCGCUGACAUCAUCUCAUCAGACCAGCACCGCCUCUACCAGGUUUUCUCUAAAGAGGAGCUGAGGAGGUUCCUUCAGAAAUUGAGGGAGUCGUCACUCUCUCUGUUGGACCAAACACUUGACCCGCUGGGCUACGAGUUACAGCCAUGAACGCACAAAGAAGACACACACACAGCAGUGUUUGAAUCGCUGUUGUCUUUUUGGAUUGUGUUUAAUAUUUUUUGCAAAAUAAAAGCCUGUGUUUCUUGUA